UAUACAUGCAUAUACAUGUAUCGACGCUAGCAACGUCUCCCGCAUUUUUCAUUUCAAAUACAACAGCGCAACAUUGAAUAUUAAGUAUUAUAUUAUUGCUAUGGGCACUAAAGCAACUAAAAUGGAGGGCACCUACUUGCCAGACACACCGACAUUAAAUAGAUUGCGCCUUGCGGGUACUGCAACUGCUGCUCAACAACCAACAGUACAACUUUCAAUAAACCCUUGCCUUCAAAACAAUGCGUCGCUUGAUCCACGCUCGCCGAACAUCUGUCGCACACCACUAAAAAUAUUGCCAGCUGAACAGCCAGUACGUCAGAUACAACAAGCAGGCAACGAAAAUACUUUUGCGCAGCUGCGUAAGCGCUUGUUGAAAGGUUUUGCUUUAAAUGAUCCGCGUUCGCCGCAACUAAAUCGCACGCCUCUAAUGCUCGACGAUGCUAUUGAUCGCACUUUGAAUAUGGACGACACCUUUGCUGAUCUGUUUGUGGAGACACGUGCUCCAGUUGUACAGCAAGAUUUGCCUGCAGAUAGUCACAACAAUAGCUCGGUGGAGAUUGUUUCGCUACCAUAUGAGCAGGAGGAAACGAUGCCUUGUGAUAUGUUGUUACAACAAUCAACACCAGCACAUACUCAAGAUCCUCGGUCGCCCACUAUUGGGGUAGAGCGUACGCCCAUUAUCUUUUGUGAUGAUGAUGAGAGCGAGGCGCGUGAAACCCAAAUGCUGGAAGAGAUACUGGAAACAUUGACACUCAAUUUAAGCAACGAGAGUAGCAUGGCUUCGUUUGUAAGUGCUACCGAAGAGCUGAUGCUAGACGAUGCACAGGCAGAAACACAGGGAGAGACACAGGCUCAGACGGAGCCACAGCUACAGUCGCAAUCCCGUCUAGCUAAUAAACAUUUGGAACGCGUUCGUCUUGGCAACAAGCGACGCGUCGCACCACGAAAGCCUGCACGCGCAAACAAGUCACAGAUUUAUGUGGAUGCUGCCGAGGGCGUGACAAGUACACCCAAAAGCACGCCCGACUGUCAACAGCGUGGUCAACGAACGCCACUCAGCUGUGUCAACAAGAAUCGAAUGCACUUGCGUUCUCGUUCAGUUGAGAAGGAUUUACGUAAGCCGCAACUUCAGAGCUUCGAUGAUCAUCAAUCAAAUUUGAGUAUGCACAUACUCGAGGGCUAAAUUUCUAUUAAUUAUAACACAACUUGCCUUUAGUUUUUAACAUUUUCCUAUAGCAGUCAACAUUUAAACAACCCACC